CUCCUCUAAAGUAGCGAUGGUUGUUGUGGUUGUGCACGCCGCCGACACCUCUCCGAGUGCUGUCCCGCACAGGAGACCGACUUAGGCGGGAGGAGGGAGGGUUUGAGCUCACCACGCAUGGAGUUGAGCUCGGACCGGGUGGUGGCAACGCUGGAGAUGUCGCAGACCAAACGCACAGACGACGAGCCUUUUGACGGAGACUCCGACUACGAGAGCUUGCCACCUCAUGUCUCAGUGACGACCCACAUGACAGCCGGAGCCGUGGCUGGCGUACUGGAGCACACGGUGAUGUACCCCGUGGACUCUGUCAAGACAAGGAUGCAGAGCCUACAGCCAGACCCAAAUGCACAGUACAGGGGUGUGUAUGAAGCUCUGAAAAGGAUCAUCCAAACAGAAGGGAUCUUCAGGCCGCUGAGGGGCCUCAACAUCACCAUGUUGGGAGCGGGGCCCGCCCAUGCACUCUACUUCGCCUGCUAUGAACGGGUCAAGCGCUCACUAAGUGACGUCAUUCAGAGUGGAGGCAACAGCCACGUAGCCAAUGGUAUUGCAGGUAGUGUGGCCACUGUUCUUCAUGAUGCUGUCAUGAACCCAGCUGAAGUGAUAAAGCAGAGGAUGCAAAUGUACAACUCGCCAUAUCGAGGACUUUGGGACUGUGUUCAAACAGUAACGCGUACUGAAGGUAUGGGAGCCUUCUACCGCAGCUACAGCACACAGCUGACCAUGAACAUCCCUUUCCAGGCUGUUCACUUCAUCACCUACGAGCUGAUGCAGGAACAGUUGAACCCCCACAGACAUUACCACCCUGGCAGCCACAUAGUGUCAGGAGCAGCAGCAGGGGCCAUUUCCGCAGCAAUAACCACUCCACUUGACGUUUGUAAAACUCUGCUCAACACACAAGAGAAUGUAGCACUCAACUCCAUGAACAUCAGCGGCCACUUAACAGGAAUGGCUAAUGCCUUCAGGACAGUGUACCGGCUUGGUGGUCUAGCGGCCUUCUUUAAAGGGGUCCAAGCUCGGGUCAUAUACCAGAUGCCCUCCACUGCCAUUGCCUGGUCAGUUUACGAGUUCUUCAAGUACUUCCUGACUAAGCAGCAGCUGGAAUCAGAGGCAGGACCUCGACCAAUGUAAUGGAAAGUGUGUUGGAGCAAGCCACACCUAGACUGAAACUAAGGAAAGAAGGCUCAAACCUGAGCUCACUGUGUGCUGUUUGAGGAAAUGGCACAAGUUAUUGUCUCACAGGGAAGUGGAGGAGUGGAGGAGUGUCUGAGAAUGGCACUCCCUGUUGUUCACGUACCUGAGGUUGUGUGUUUUUAAAUGAAGAUGAUGUUGCACAACCAGGAUAUGCAACAGACCAGAUUAAUCUUAAAAGGACAGAUACACGUAGAAGAGUUAAAUAGUCUUCUUCCUCCUCCACUCCACAUACACAUCAGCCACAACUCUCCAAACCCUACUACGUUGGGAGCGUAAUUAAGUUGUCUUGAAUGAUGUUUAUAGUUUAUAAUAUUGGAACUUUUUAUUUAUUUUGUUAACUUUCCGAGGCUUGUAUUUUAUGAAUGCAGAAGAAACACAAUGCUGUUUAUUUGUUUUAUUUCAUUGUGUAUUUAUGAAAAAAAUACCCAUUACAACACAUUCCUUAUUUUCCCUCCACGGCGAACGGAACAGUUGUGCUUUCCAAGUGCCUCACAAAUAUUAAAUGUUGCUUCACCUUUUUUUUUUUUUUUUUCUUGAGAAAAUAUGUAUUUUCGUAUUUGAGCCAAGUUCUAGCAAAGAACUGUACUAUUCUGUUAUUGAAUCAUAUUGUGGCUCUUUAUGUCAUAACUUUGUCAUAACUAAAUUUUAAUGUACUUUUUUCAAUUAUCUCUACACCAAUUGGUCAAAUGGCGACCUGCAGCAGUUUUUUUUUUGUGUUACAGUUUUGUACUAUAAAUGCAAAAUACCAUAUUUUUUUCCCUUGAGAGAGCCUCUUUCUCUCUCAGUAUCAAGUUGUGUAGGCCGUUACGGUCCAGUUAGAAUGUUUAAGACCAUUAUUACAAUGCUCCCUGAAUCACGCACAAUGAUUUUAAGAAUCAUACCUGUUGCAGAAGGAAAGCAGCUUUGUUUAUAUAUUUUCAAAAACAUGAAUCUAUAUUUUGAGGGUGACUAUUUCUGAGAAACUUCAUUAUGCAGGUCCAAAGGUGGAUCAGAUAAGGCUGUGACUUGAGAUGGUGGCUAUAUCUGAACCUUCAUGUGCAUUUGUACGGUGUGAUGUUUAGCUUCCGAGUGGUCUUUUUUGUUAAUGUGUCAUAUUGACCUUGAACCUAAAGGUUGUAGGUUAUAUAUAUAUAU